AUGGAUGGUGGCGAAAGUAAAUAUGCUGGUCUUGUUGCGGACUUAAUGCCAAAUAUACGUUUAAUGCGAUUUUGUGGACAUUUUCUGUUUCGAUAUACAAGCGGCACUUUAUUAUUUAAGAAAAUCUAUUCAGUUUUUCAUUUAUUCCUUGUUAUAUUUCAAUUUGCAUCGUUAUUAAUUAAUAUGGCAUUCAAUACAGAAGAAGUUAAUGAAUUAACUGCUAACGCAAUCACAGUUCUAUUUUUUACACAUUGUGUUACAAAAUAUUUAUAUUUUGCAAUUAAUUCGAAAAAUUUUUAUAAAACACUAAAUAUCUGGAAUCAAGCAAAUACACAUCCAUUAUUUUCUGAAUCCGAUGCUAGAUAUCAUAAAAUUGCAUUAUCAAAAAUGAGAAAACUUCUAUUCUGCGUAGUACUUACAACAGUAGCAUCAGUUGUCGCUUGGUCAACAAUAACAUUCUUUGGUGAAAGUGUUAAAUUUUCAAUUGACAAAGAAACAAAUGAAACUGUAAAAAUUCCAAUACCACGAAUACCAAUAAAAGCCUGGUAUCCAUGGAAUGCAUUUGAUGGCAUGAUGUACAUUAUAACAUUUGUCAUUCAAGUUUGUUAUUUAUUCUUCUCAUUAAUGCAAUCUAAUUUAACGGAUGUUCUCUUCUGUUCAUGGUUAAUAUUUUCAUGUGAGCAAUUACAACAUUUGAAGGGUAUAAUGAAACCAUUAAUGGAAUUAUCAGCAUCAUUAGACACUUACAGACCAAAUUCAGCAGCACUUUUUAAAUCAUUAUCAGCAUCAUCAAAAUCAGAAUUGAUUAAUAACGAUGCAAUGCAAGAAAAAGAUGUAAGUGAUAUAGACUUAAGUGGUAUUUAUACUACGAAAGCGGAUUGGGGUGCACAAUUUAGAGCACCCUCAACAUUGCAACAAUUCAAUGGUGUUAAUGGUACAAAUCCAAAUGGUUUAACUAGAAAACAAGAAAUGAUGGUAAGAAGUGCCAUUAAAUAUUGGGUUGAAAGGCAUAAACAUGUUGUUAGAUUGGUUUCAGCCAUCGGUGAUACAUAUGGUUUAGCGUUACUAUUACAUAUGUUAACAGCAACAAUCACAUUAACUCUUUUAGCAUAUCAAGCUACAAAAAUAGAUGGUGUAAAUGUAUAUGCUUUUACAGUGUUAGGUUAUUUAGGUUAUUCACUGGCACAAGUAUUUCAUUUCUGUAUAUUUGGGAAUAGGCUUAUUGAAGAAAGUUCAUCAGUUAUGGAAGCUGCUUAUUCAUGUCAUUGGUAUGACGGAUCUGAAGAGGCAAAAACAUUUGUACAAAUCGUAUGUCAACAGUGUCAAAAGGCUUUAACGAUUUCUGGCGCAAAAUUUUUUACUGUUUCACUAGAUUUGUUUGCUUCGGUUUUAGGAGCAGUUGUUACCUAUUUUAUGGUGUUAGUACAAUUGAAGUAAACGAAAAAUAUAAAAUAAGAAAAAUUUGGGGAAGGAGCAAAAUGGGCAUCUUGAUUUUUAUUUCUAGAAAUAUGAGAAUAUUAAC